CUGACGGGCACAUUCUCUGCUGUGACAUAGCAAAGAAAGAAAAUGCCUGAACCCGCUAAGUCCGCGCCCAAGAAGGGCUCCAAGAAAGCCGUGACUAAAACCGCCGGCAAGGGCGGCAAAAAGAAGAGAAAGACCAGGAAGGAGAGCUACGCCAUCUACGUUUACAAGGUGCUGAAGCAGGUGCACCCCGACACCGGUAUCUCCUCCAAGGCCAUGAGCAUCAUGAACUCGUUUGUUAACGACAUCUUUGAGCGCAUCGCCUCUGAGGCCUCCCGCCUGGCUCACUACAACAAGCGCUCCACCAUCACCUCCAGGGAGAUCCAGACCGCCGUGCGCCUCCUGCUGCCCGGUGAGCUGGCCAAGCACGCUGUGUCCGAGGGCACCAAGGCCGUGACCAAGUACACCAGCUCCAAGUAAACGGCAGCUCUACUGCACCCAAAAAAAGGCUCUUCUCAGAGCCACCCACUUCUUCUAAAGAGCACAUGUCCACACACAAUUUUAAAGUAACACGAACUGUUGAAAACUGUUUAGUACUUCAAAGUCAAAAGCAAACAGACAAAAUCAAGUAUUUGUUUUAUGUUAUAAAACAGCGAUUACAUCGUGACCAGAAGGGUCUUUAUGUCUGACUUCGUUCAUGGAGCUUGUAUAUUUUUCACUGGAGUGAAUGCACAAUGUUCUGUGUGUGGUGGUUUUUUAUUUAUUAUUUUUUUCCUCCCCUCAGUUG